UCCGUUUCGCCCGGCGGCGCAGCAUCCACACGGCCCGGUGAGUUCAACGACCGGUGUAGCGCCGGCCGGCCGGCCGGCCCGCUGCAGCUCCGGCCGACUAUGCGCUAGUCAGCCGCGGUGGCCUGCUUCGGCCCGACUCCGCCACCGCACCGAGUGCAGCGAGUAGUUGGGUGGUGAGUGGUGACCGGUGCCGCUGUGUGGCUGGUGAUGGGUGUGGAGACGGCUCGCACCGGUCGUCAGCCGCGGCUGGUGUCUCUGUUUUGUGGAGGGGUGCUGGCUACCGGUGUGGUGCUGUGGAGCUUCACCAGCCGUCUGGAGCUGCCGCUGCCAACUGCGCCGCGCGCCGUCGACCAGUGGGAGUGGCCGCCGAAGCCGUCCACGGCCAGUGGGGAGGCAGCCGACUGCCGCUGUCUGCUGCAGAUCCAGUGUCCCCGGUACAACUUCGACUACCCGCAACUGCAGCCAGGGUCGCCCUGUACCAUUCAGGAAUUCCGGCAUCGGUCAGCGAAGACAUGCCUGGAGGGGCGGCUGGGCAACUUCGGCCACUCGAGUCAUGUGGUGCUGGUAGGCGACCUGCGACUGCUCUACCUGUACCGUUACAUGCGCGACGAGCUGCUCAGCGAAACGGAGCGCGUCGAAGGGCCCGCCUACUGCAAAUCGGUUCAUAAGAACUGGACGCACUCCUACCUAAAGGAAAAGAGGGACCCUGCGCAGCUAGAACCGCCAAAGCCCUGCCAUCAUUUAGCCAUCAAUAAGCUCGCCAAGCUGGAGUAUUACUGGGCCGACGAUAACAGUUGGAACACCAUUCUGGAGCCGCUGGUGCGGCGCUGCCAGCUCGGCUUCUGUCCCUCGGUGGUGGUGGUGUCGUCUCGACUGGACCUGGUGCUGAGGGCAUACGACAAGAGACGCGAGCUCUCGCUGCCCGAGGUGGACCACAUCGUCAACAAGACCCUGCCGCUGCUGGAGCGACUCGAGUCGUACGGCGUCCAUGUGUGGUGGAAGCCUCACGAGAACAUGCUGGACAUCUACAGCCCUAUGGACAUUGUCGAAAUUAACGAGAUCAUCCAGCAGCACAACCUGCGACUGAUGAUGGCUCUUCUCAACACCAAGAUACCCGUGUGGACGUCAACAGGCGCCAUCGGCUGGGGCCACCAUCAGCACUGCCUGAGCGACACCAACCGAACGGCCUCUGCCGACUUCCGCUGCACGGAGCCCUACUACCUGGGCAACUGGGCGCAGCAGCAGUACAUGGACAUCAUCUUCAACUUCCUCUGCGGCAGGGCCAGUAACAUGGCGCAGAACCCGUGCUGCGCAGGUUGGAGCUGACGGGGACGCGCCGAGAAACCCACCGGGAUGUGAUGCGUUCGUUUUGUGAUAAGGUACAUGUAAGUGGUGAUCGAAUAUGUCUAGUUCGCUUAGAAUAGCGGGGCUUGGCCAUUCAUGGCAACAAUACGAUACUUUACCAGGAAAAUGAUAUUGACACUGAAUCUCUAAAUAUAGCUAUCAGCAACUCUGCACACUACCUACCGUGAAAAUGACGCGACCUCAUGGGCAUAGGUUUUAUUAAACGUUUUUUUUUAACAAGCUAAUGUGCAUGUUUGCAUACCUAUUUGUUGAGCUGGAGUGUUUUCCAGUUGUUGUGUGUGGUGAUAAUACAGUAGGUAUUGGAAAAUGA